GUCCAUAAAAAGUUGAAUUUAAAAAAGCAAGUACUAAACCAGUACAUUUGAAGACUAUUCAAGCAAGCUUUCUAUACCCCUUGUAGACUGCCAUUGAAUGUUCAAACUUCAACGAACCCUCGCAAACGGCAAACCGCAAGUCAUCUAUUUAUUUAGUAUUUAUUCCAAAAAUCCUUUGAAGUUUACAUUCACACUAUGUAACUAACUCAUCCUGCCUCCCGCAAUCGCCGGCAAAGUAGUCUCCGGCAUGGCUACAGCAGUGUUCCAUAUCCUAUAUUUUCUCCUCUUUAUUCCCUCCACUCUAUCCCUCAAUUUUAUCUUCAAUUCCUUCACCACCACCACCACCACCAACCUCACUCUCAUCAACGACGCCCACGUCGAAGCCCCCGUCAUCCGCAUGACCAACGACUCCAACACUAACUCUAUUGGCCGAGUUUUCUACCCCACAAAGCUCCCCGUCAUUAAACCUUCCUCCAACAUCUCUUCCUUCUCCACUUCCUUCAUCUUCUCCGUCUUGCCACAAUCCCCAAACAAUCCUGGUUUCGGUCUAGCUUUCGUCCUCUGCAACACCACUUCCCCUCCGGACGCACUCGCCAGCCAAUACUUCGGCUUAUUCACAGACGCCAACUCCCCCGCCGUUUUCCCCCUCCUCGCCGUCGAAUUCGAUACCGGACAAAACCCGGAGUUCAACGACAGAGACAAUAACCACAUUGGAAUCGAUCUCAACAACGCCGAAUCCAUAAAGCAAACCCCCGCCGGAUACUACAAUUCCACCGGAAGCUUCGUUCCGGUUCAAAUGAAUAGCGGAGAAAACAUCCAAGCCUGGAUCGAUUUGGACGGCAAUAAAUUGGAGAUAAACGUUACCGUUUCCCCAAUUGAUGUUUCACGCCCAACGAAACCAACGCUUUCGUAUAGAGAUCCUAACAUUGCUAAGUACCUUUCUCCUGAAAUGUUCGUUGGUUUUUCAGCUUCGAAAAUGAAUUUGAUUGAGGCACAAAGAGUUCUUGCAUGGAGUUUCAGCGAUUCAGGAACUGCGAGAGAGUUAAACACAACGAACUUACCGGUGUUCAAACCAGAACCGUCGUCACUUUCCGGCGGAGCAAUUGCAGGAAUUGCAGUUGCUUGUUUUGCUUUCACAUUGACUUGUGCGAGUUUGUUGUUAUUAUUCAUUUGGUGGCGAAACAGAAAAACGAAAGAAGAAGAUGAUGAAGUUCAAGAUUGGGAAAUGGAAUAUUGGCCACAUAGAUUCUCGUAUGAGGAACUAAAAAUAGCUACUAAGGGUUUUCAGAAAGAGCAUCUUCUAGGUUUUGGAGGGUUCGGAAAAGUGUACAAAGGAACACUAACAAACAAAACGUUAAUUGCGGUGAAGUGCGUUAACCACAAUUCUAAACAAGGGUUAAGAGAAUUCAUGGCGGAGAUUUCAAGUAUGGGAAGGCUUCAACAUAAGAAUUUAGUACAGAUGAAGGGAUGGUGUAGAAAAGGUAAUGAACUUAUGUUAGUUUAUGAUUACAUGCCUAAUGGAAGCUUAAACAAGUGGGUUUUUGAUAAUCCGGUGAAAAUUUUGGGAUGGGAUCAGCGCCGUCGGAUUCUUGUUGACGUGGCAGAGGGGCUUAACUACCUUCAUCAUGGUUGGGAUCAGGUUGUUAUUCAUAGGGAUAUUAAAUCAAGUAACAUUUUGUUGGACUGUGAAAUGAGGGGAAGGUUGGGAGAUUUUGGUUUGGCUAAGCUUUACCAACAUGGACAAGUUCCGAAUACUACACGUGUGGUGGGAACUUUGGGGUAUUUGGCGCCGGAAAUAGUGAGGGUUGCCGCGCCGACAUCAGCGAGUGAUGUGUAUAGUUAUGGGGUUGUGUUGUUGGAGGUGGGCUGCGGAAGGAGGCCGUUGGAGAUGUCGGUAGUGGAUGAGGAGGUGGUGCUAAUUGAUUGGGUGAGAGAAUUGUAUGCGAGAGGGUGUGUGGUAGAUGCUGCGGAUUGUAGGAUUAAGGGUGAGUAUGAUGUUUGUGAUAUGGAGAUGGUGUUGAAACUUGGGUUAGCUUGUUGUCAUCCUGAGCCUAAUAGGAGGCCUACUAUGAAGGAAGUUGUUGCGUUGCUUCUUGGGGAGGAUGUGGCAGAGGUGCCGGGGAAUGUUUUGUCUGAUUUGGCUCGCGGGGAUGGCAAUGGUGGUGUUGGCGGGGAGUCGGAGGAGGAACUGCCUUUGCAGUCCAACUCUCCUGUUUGAUUAGUGACUCGAGGACAUAUAGUUGGACUUUCUUUUUCAUGGAUUUCUCUGGAUUGUGUUUUGAUAAAGGGAAAUUUUCCCUAUACUAGUAUUAGCAGCCUUGCAUCGGAAGGGAAAAACUUUCUCGAUAAGAUCUAUGUUGGUUGCAAUUUAGUUACCUCUAAUUAUGUAAUUACCUCUAAAAGCUUAAAGGAUGUAUGUAAAACAUGAAAUAUUGUACUGUAAUUUUAUUGAUGAAUGUAAUAAAAUCAGAAGCAUAAAAUUGAAUUUGGAACUGUUUUGGUUUACAUUAAUAUAUAUGAGUUGUUUGUGUUUAGUUUCCUGCAGAACUGAACUCUGUGCUUCUAAGUGAUCCUCGUAAGGAUGAUGCAGCAGUUAUACCGUGUGUUACCUUCAUCAAAAGAUCUUGACUACCAAUCAAACAGUGAUCAAAUGCCUCAAAAAUAAUAUAAGAAAGAAGUUAAAGAUAGAAAGAAUAGACAUGUUACCAAUUAGAAUAACAAUUGCAUGGAAAAAGCAAUUAAAAAGUACACACAUUAUAUUCAAGUUAAACUGUGUUAAAACAUGUUUUAAUCAUACCUGUAACUUAUUAUAAAUACCCAUUUUUUGAGUCCCGUAAGUUCUGAUAAUUCGUAUAUAUUCAUAUUAUUUGAAUGCAAGAGAAUUAAGCGAUUUGCCAAAAAUUAGAUUAAAAAAUGUGGAUGGAAUAAAGUCAAAAAUAUACAUAUGACAUACUCUUAUACGAAUAAACUUUCAAAUAAUAGUUUAACCGAUAAGAAUGAAAGCAUUCAAUAAGGUAUACAAUCAAGAUAUAUGAAAAGAACUUUAACAACAAAAGAAAAAUAAGGACAAUCAGAAAACUAAAGUGCACCAUCGAAGCUCAUGUGGAUGUUCAUUUUUGGAUAGAAAGGCAUGAUUCCGUAGCUCUCCAUAUGUAGUCGAUCAAAAGAAACUAAAUAAUGAAAUUUAAGCAAGGCAAAAAGAAAAGAACAACAAUAUAGCUAAAUGUUUACUCAUUAUCCAUAGGGAUUAAAUAAUGCAAGAACAACAAUACCUCUAAAAGAUAAAGAGAACAAUAGUUUAUUUACAAACUGCGAAUAAGAAAGUGAACACAAAAUUGAGUUUGGAUUCCAAAAGAGAAAUGAUUUAAUAAUUAAAAUUAUUAAAUGCACUUUUUCUUUUUUCUCUCUUAUAAAUGGACUUUUAAUUAAGUAACCUGAAAGAAUCUCAAUUCCACAAAAUUACCUCACGAUAUAACUUUGAACGCAUCUAAGAAGGGGAGACAAUCAAUGUCGCUAAGUGUUUAGCUGCUGCUCUGCAAAAUUUCCAAAAAUUAAACAGUGAUGGCAGCAGAUCUAUUUAAAGUUGUUGGUGUUUAAAAAGAGAUAAAAC